AUGGAUCCCUUCAGGCCAGGACCAGGCUCUGGGCUCGCCCCACCGCGCAGCUCCUCACCCAUCCCCGCGCUCCGCUUCCUCAGCGCGGCCCGGCCGCCUCACGCCGCCCCGGCCUCCCGUAGCGCCGCGCCCGCCCGAGGCGCCUCCCGCGCCGCCCGCUCCCUACGCGAGGCCGCGGCUGCAGCGCGGCCUGGAGCCGCUCCCGCUCGCAGCCGGCCGAGCGCCCAGCCCGGCCCCUCGCCCGCCCGGCACGCCCUCCCCUCGGGGGGCACCGCCCUGGCCCGGGCCGGGGGGCUCUGCCCGCUGCGGGUUUGCCAUCGGCGCUGGGGCGGGCAGGAGCAGCCGAGCCCCGCGCAGGCCGGGCGGGCGGCAGCACGGCUGAUCGGCUCCGUGUCCCGAACAGGGGCUCAGGAGCGGCUGCUCCUCGCGAGGAAAGGGGCAGCGGAGCCGCCUCCGAGCAGCGGGGAGCCCCGCGGGAGCGCGUUGCUAGAAGUUAUCCGCGCAGCACUUACCAGCGCUAACGCUGACAGAAAUAGCUACGAGGUGUAUAAGGAGGCAGCAGACUGGCUGCGUGCCCGUGCUGCCCAGCAGCCCAGGAUCGCCCUCGUCUGCGGCUCUGGGCUGGGAGGUCUGGCUGAUGUGUUGGAGAACAGGACAGUCUUCCUGUAUGAGGACAUCCCUCACUUCCCACGGAGCUCAGUGUCAGGGCAUGUUGGCAGAUUGGUGUUUGGGGAGCUGAAUGGACAGCCCUGCGUGUGCAUGCAGGGACGUUUCCACUCCUACGAAGGCUACUCUCUCAGCAUGAUCACCUUUCCCAUCAGGGUGUUCUUUCUCCUGGGGGUGGAGAUCUUGAUUGUCACAAAUACUGCUGGAGGACUGAAUCCCCACUUCCAAGUGGGGGACAUCAUGUUCAUAAGGGAUCACAUCAGCUUGUUUGGCUUGGGAGGGCAGAAUCCCCUGCGUGGACCGAAUGAUGAGCGGUUUGGAGUGAGGUUUCCCUGCAUGUCAGAUGCUUAUGAACAAGAUCUGCUUGGGCUGGCGAUGGAGAGUGCCCAGGAGCUGGGGUUCCUGAGCUUCACCAGGGAAGGAGUGUACUGCAUGCAGGCUGGGCCCUGCUACGAGACCAUCGCCGAGUGCCGCCUGCUGCAGGCACUGGGAGCUGAUGCUGUGGGCAUGAGCACUGUCCCAGAGGUAAUUGUGGCCAGGCAUUGUGGCCUCCGAGUCCUUGGGAUCUCCCUCAUCACCAACAAAGCGGUGAUGAGCUACAGCAGCCAGGAGAAAGCCAACCACGAGGAAGUGCUGCGCAUCUCGGUGGUCCGGGCUGAAGCCCUGCAGAAACUGGUCACCCACCUCCUUGGGAAACUGGGGGAAAGCACAAACUCUCUAUGA